AUGGAUUAUCGACGAAAAAAGAAACUAACAUUUUUCACAAUUGGAUUAAUCUUUCUUUUAAGUGGCAUCGAAUACGCUGUGAUCUUGCCCACGAUAUGGGGCUACCUUCAGAUACUGAAUGCGGCCCCGUUCUUCCUUGGCCUUGGCCUAUCAGCAUUCAGCCUGAGCGGCCUGCUCUCUGGACCUCUGUUUGGGCACUGGUCCGACCGGACUCACACCACAAAGAGCAUCAUCCUCUUUUCAAACAUCUUUGAGAUAAUUGGCAACUUCAUGUAUUUCAUGGGCUACUCCAAGUGGCUUCUGCUGUCCAGUCGUCUGGUUGCUGGUGUUGGGGCGGGUGCUGCCUCUUCCAUUUUUGGGUUCCUCACCCAGAGCACGGCCCCAGAAGACCGCGCCAAUGUCUUCGCAGCUGUGAUGGCGUGCCGGCAGGCCGGACUCCUGAUUGGUCCAGCAUUCAACAUCUUCCUUAGACUGUGUGAUUUCCACCUGGGACCAUUUGUAGUUGACAAAUACACAUCUCCUGGGCUCUUCAUGUGCAUAAUGUGGGCCCUGCUACAACUAGUGGUGCUACUCAUGUACUGGGACCUCCCUCCUGAGGGUGACAACAAGAAGAAGGAGGAGGAGGUGGAGGAGGUAGAGGAGGAGGAGGUAGUAGUGGGAGUAGAGGAGGAUAAGCCAUUGAUGGGCCCUGAGGAGCCCCUGGAGACUUACGGUGCUGUCACCCCUGAACAAUUAGGGGCCUUCACCUUGCCCAAUGGGAACACCAUUCCUGCUUCUCCGUCUCCCAGCAUAGAGGAUAAAGACCCCUUUCAGAACUUUAGUGUUCGCAAUGAGUUCCUGAGGGAGGAGGUGGUGAUUCUACUCACUGCCCAGUUCAUCACUCUCUUCAAUCAGACAGCGCUAGAAACGAUGGUAACACCUCUGACCCAGAAGUACUUUAACUUCCGGGAGCUGGAGAACAGCGUGAUGUACUGCCUGGCUGGGGUGGAGGUAAUUGCCGGCUUCUUUUUUGUGCGCUGGCUGAGCCAGCGGGUAGCUGACCGCGUGGUCCUGGUUGUGGGCUUAGUCAUCUGUAACAUCUCCUGUGCCUGGUGCCUCAUCUUCCUCGCCAAACCUCGGGGCAGUUUCACAUGGCAGUUAACAGAGUUCAUCAUUGGGGUAUUCCUGCAGCUUCUAGGGCUGCCAUUCGUUGCUGUGUCCCAGGUGUCCCUGUUUUCUAAAGUGACUGCGGUGAAGACACAAGGGUUCAGCCAGGGCGUGAGGAGAUCAGUCGGGGGUCUGGCCACCAUUUUGGGCCCCUUGUGUGCAGGAGGACUGACAGAGAACCUGUAUGUAAUGAUGGGAAUGAUGUUGGCUCUACUCGUCGUACUAACUAUUAUGGUGAUUUUUUCCUACAAUCGCCUAGUAGAGCCCUGUGUUGUGCAGCACGCUGACAGUGUGGAGGAUUAUUCAGAAAGCUCAUAG